AUGCCAAUUAAUUCUGAGUCAUGUCCCUUGUGUAGAGCACACAGCCAUACCACUGAGAAAGAAGAAGACAAAACUUCGUGGGUUCAGUGUUCCAAAUGCAAAAUAUGGUACCAUGUCCAUUGUUUGAACCUUCCUACUGAAGAAAUAAAUCAGAUAGUUAUCUACCAUUGUCCCGAAUGUGUACCUAAAUAUGGAGAAUCCACAUAUAAAAGAAAAUCCAAACGUGCUCGGGUAUCUAUUGACUAUCAAUCUUUGAAUGAAGGAGAUACAUUUGCAAUUGACAAGUCAAACCAUUUCCAUUUACACAAUUUUUUGAACUUUAAGGGAGAAACAAAUCUUAAUGUGACUGAUAAGCUUACGAAAACGUAUGCAUUAGACACACACAUGGAGAAACCAAUUCUUAUCCCACAAGCAAACUUGACCCAAAAUGGAAUGCAAUUCCCCGUUGACAAAAAGGAAAUUACAAUUGAUUAUAUCACGGAUUGUUGCGGAGAAGAUACACCAUUGGAAGUGAUGGAUGUGAUAUCACAGCAAGGUAUAUCUCCACCUUGGAGAUUGAAGCAAUGGCGAGAAUAUUUCAAGACUAGUGAAGAGAAACGCGAUAGAAUUAGAAAUGUGAUAUCGUUGGAGAUAUCUGAUGUUGCAAAAUUUGGAGCUAACUUCACACGACCCAAGUGUGUUCGAGACAUGGAUGUAGUGGAUCGAGUGUGGAUUGAAGAGGAUGAACAAAAGAGAAGUAAAGUCACCAAAUACUGUCUCAUGUCUGUGAAGAAUUCAUUCACUGAUUUCCAUAUUGAUUUUGGUGGCACUUCGGUAUACUACACAGUAUUAAGUGGGGCCAAGACAUUUUUGUUUUUCCCACCAACAGACAAUAAUUUGGAAUUGUAUAAAUCUUGGUGCCUAGAGCCUUCGCAAAACUUUAUUUGGUAUCCUGAAUAUACAAUAACAAAGAAUAAAAAGAAGAUCAAGCCAAAUGAUGGGUUUAAGGUCAACCUAAAGCCUGGUGAUCUUUUUAUCAUCCCCAGUGGUUGGAUACAUGCUGUACACACACCACAAGAUUCAAUUGUGAUAGGAGGUAAUUACUUGACUAUAAGAGAUAUGGUAAUGCAAUUGAAAAUUAAUGAAAUUGAAAGAGCGACAAAAGUUCCAACAAAGUUCAGAUUCCCGAUGUUUAACAAGGUGCUCUGGUUGACGGCAUGGUAUUACUAUAAUCACCAAAACAAGUUUCUAGAUGAUAUAGGUGAGGAUGAAGAUGGUAAUGCGAUAUUAACUCGAUUGAUUGGACAUUUACAAGGUCAUUUGGAAUUAAGCAAGACAAACGCAACAGCAAAAAGAAGUAUACCCAAAAUAAUUGGUAAACCAAUGGUAUUUAUCAACAAAUUAUUGGAAUGGAAAGAGGUAAUGUACGGCACAGCCGUGUGA